AUGGCUUUAGGGCGUCCGAGUUUCGUCGCGGCCAUCAGUUCGAACACCUGCAUCACUACAUGUGUUGCAACCACGGCCAUUCGUGUCACUGCAUGCUCCGUCACCGGCCUCCUGCGCACCGUGACCCCUGCCGCACUCCUUCCUCUCCCUGAAGCCGCUCGUGCCCUCCCAGGCUUGAUAUCCUGCUGCAGUGAUGAGCUCCUGUACAUCGCCGAAAUUCCAUACCUGCUCAACGGCACCAGCACGACGAUGCAGCAGCUAGCAUUGGACGACCCCGACCACCGGCACCACUGCUUCCUGACCUCCUGCUUGCAUCGCGGAGAGCCCUGGUCGUUCACAGCCACCACUCCAGGCUGUUCAACACCACCACCCCAGGCCGUUCAUUGCCAGCAGCACCCUGGAUCCCACCCCCUCACCCUAGGAGUUUCAGUUAUCGAUCCAUGUACUACUACAUGCGAAGUACAAAAGUUACUGCUAGUGAGAGUUCAUUUAAAUCCUGUACGAGUUUGGAAGGGCAGGAAGUUCUACUGCUGGGCCAACGACGGUCGCCGCUCCUCGACCCUAUUCCCGUUCGUCACCCAGCUCAACAGUCCACCUCGGUGCUCCAGCACCGGCCCCUCGAAGAGCUGGCUACAGGCCAUCCGUUGCUCCGCCCCUGGAUGCUGCCAUCUGGUGGCUGGCCGUCUCACUCCAAUACACCUCCCUCUCUUUGUGUACUGUUCUCUCUCAAGACUGGAAGUUAUCCCUGAUGUACCCAACGCAAGUUCAACAUCAUCAUCUAAAAAGGAAGCAAAAAAGAAAAUCUAUUUACUCAGGGAUGCAAGCAAAUUUCUGGAGCAGACUCAUCGGCGCAUCAGCGACCAUUCAUUCAACAACAGUUCAAUUACAAAAAGAACAUCAGUUCAAAAAAACUGCAGGAGGGCCGGGGGAGAAGGCAGAACCUCUGGGUGCAUGAUGGAAAAAAUUGCAAGUUCUUGUUUAGAUGUUCAGGAUACCCUUCUCUCAUUUCAUUUAUGUUCAGGAUAGCAGGUGCAUGAUGGAAAAUUGUGUAUCAUGUAGUUCUUGUUUAGAUGUCGUGCAAGUUCAAAAAUUAUCGAUUUUGCCAUUGGAGAGAACCCGUUGGUUGCAUUGUUUUUCUAGUGUGACGUCCCUUGGUGUGUUUGGAGUAUUGUUAUUGUUGCUCUGCAGGCGAAUGAAUUAGCUUGUCCUGCUAA